AUGUCGAAUUUUAUACAGCCACCACAUAAGAAUUGGUCAAUUCAGGUUAAAAAUUUACCUGAUGCUAAAAUAAGAGAUAAAUGGUUACAAUUUAAUAACAAGUCUCCAUACAUACUAGUUAAGAUAGGAAUGACAACUAGAUUUCCAGAUCAAAGAAUCAAAGAAUGGGAAAAUAAGUGUAAUCAUAAAUUGAUUAACGUGGGGCCUAGAAAUAAACGAUUUAUUUAUAAGCAAAAUUUCCUUGAAAGAUUGAGUUGUUUAAGUAUUCAAGAUAAUUAUGAAAGGUAUAGAGAUGAUGGUUUUUUUGUGAAUAAAAAUCUAAAAUUGGUCGAACUGAGUAUUCAUAAAGCUUUGAAAGAUAAAUAUGGUAAAGGUGAUGUAUACUGUCUGGGAUGUUUGGUUGAUAAAUCAGUAGCACCGAAGAAAGAUUCACCUUUUAACACAUCUUACAAUGUUCAUACAGAAUGGUUUUUAAUACUUAAAAAAGAGAUUGAACAAGUUUAUAACAUUAUUGAUUCCACAUGUGUGAAUUUAGGUUAA